AUGGAGGAAGGAAGUCUGUGGCGUCAAUGGACUAUGUUCAGAUCUCUGUUAUCGAUUCUUCAAUGGUGGGGUUUUAACGUUACUGUUAUCAUCAUGAACAAAUGGAUCUUUCAGAAACUGGAUUUCAAGUUUCCAUUAUCAGUUUCAUGUGUUCAUUUCAUAUGUUCGUCGAUUGGAGCAUACAUUGUGAUUAAAGUCUUAAAGCUUAAACCUUUGAUUGUGGUUGAUCCAGAAGAUAGGUGGAGGAGGAUUUUUCCAAUGUCAUUUGUGUUCUGUAUCAACAUUGUGUUGGGGAAUAUUAGUCUUAGAUACAUUCCUGUCUCUUUUAUGCAGACUAUCAAAUCUUUAACUCCUGCAACAACAGUUGUGUUACAGUGGUUGGUAUGGAGGAAAUAUUUUGAUUGGCGUAUUUGGGCGUCAUUGGUGCCUAUUGUUGGAGGGAUUCUUCUUACUUCUAUUACAGAACUUAGCUUUAAUGUGUUUGGAUUCUGUGCUGCUUUGUUUGGAUGUUUAGCUACCUCUACAAAGACCAUUCUUGCAGAAUCUCUUCUUCAUGGAUACAAAUUUGACAGCAUAAACACGGUAUACUAUAUGGCGCCUUUCGCGACCAUGAUUCUCGGGUUACCUGCAUUUUUACUAGAAAGGAAUGGAAUUUUGGAUUGGUUUGAAGCACAUCCAUCUCCAUGGUCGGCUCUCAUAAUUCUUUUCAACUCAGGUGUUCUAGCUUUCUGUCUUAACUUCUCCAUCUUCUAUGUCAUUCAAUCCACAACAGCAGUCACAUUCAAUGUAGCUGGAAACCUUAAGGUUGCAGUAGCUGUGUUUGUUUCAUGGAUGAUAUUUCGAAACCCGAUAUCACCGAUGAAUGCUGUUGGCUGCGGAAUCACACUUGUGGGCUGCACCUUUUACGGAUAUGUAAGACACAUGCUUUCUCAGCAACAACCCGGAACUCCUAGGACUCCUCGUACCCCAAGGAACAAGAUGGAACUGAUCCCUCUUGUUAAUGAUAAACUCGAGAGUAAAAUUUGAAUAUCAUCGGUAAGUCACUAGACUAUUGAACGCACACAAAGAAGUUAGAUUUGAUCUUGAACAUCCACAAGAGAGUUAUAGUUUAACUAUAUGUUUAUUUUUACUCAAACUAGAGAAGUUAGAGAAGUGCCAUUUUAUUUGUUUCC